UGAGGAGCGAAUAUGCUUCGUAUACAACAUUCACCAUGAGAUUCGAAAUACGAUAGCCACAUAGCAAUUGCGCCUUCUACCCACCAUGGCGCCGGUACGAGCAGGCCGCCGAUAUUAUAUCAUCCUCGCCGUCUUCUGCAUGUUCGCCUUCUUUGGUAUACAAAAGGGCUUCCAUGCUAUGAGAGAUAGCGCAGAUGCGCUUGCAAUACGUCGAGCCGACAGAGCCGCUACUCAUGCCUCUUUGGCAUUGCAAGAGACAGAUAGUGAUACCCUACAUCUGGGACAGACCGCGCUGACAGGCCAUGCCAUUGCCUCGAAGCUGGGAAAUGAGACCGCGAAAGCAGAGUUGGGAAGGGCAGCAUGGAAAGUUCUUCAUACCAUGAUGGCUCGCUUCCCAGAUAAGCCGACUGAAGAUGAGAGUACUGCUUUGAGAAGCUUCAUACAUCUAUUUCAGAGACUCUACCCCUGCGGAGAGUGCGCAGAACAUUUUGGAGGAUUGCUCAAGAAGUUCCCUCCCCAAGUAUCCUCGCGGUCGGCUGCGGCGGCUUGGGCAUGCCAUGUUCACAACAAAGUGAACGAGAGACUGAAAAAGGAGAUAUUCGAUUGUGCGAACAUUGGCGACUUCUACGACUGUGGAUGCGCGGACGACGAUGAGAAGAAGGGGGGAAAUGCCAAAGAAGAAGAUGUGAGCACACGAGAAAUCAAAAGGGCUAGUGACAAGCCUGAGAUGAGCGACGAGCAAAAGGAGAAGCUAUCUUCCAACGGGAGGGAUCUCAAUCUGGAUCUGCUACUAGAUCAGUAGUUCGGGGUCGAAAUGAGAUGAUUGAGUCCCUCCACAAGAUAAUUCCUCAAAGUCCCAAAGUCGUCGGCGAUUUCCAAGUCGUGCGCGUAAUCCACUAAGUGCGUUAAGGUCAAUGAUUGAGCCAGAUAUUUGAGCAACGCAAACUGCGGUCUUUGGCGUAAAUCAUGCCACGCGCUCUGCAUGCAAAUCCCGGCACGACAUGGAAUCAUGGCUAGAGAUGGGUGGUCAUACCGAUUCUCGAGAAAACACAGAAUACACUGAAUGGACGACAAAAGACCGCAGGUGGACCAACAUAUAACGUCGCCUAGCACGGGCCCCAGAAUAGCUACAGAGUAGUAGGAACGGCCUGGCUCUAGAUACCUCAGGCUAUUCCCCUAGGCACCUACAAAUGGUCCACAGCGGCUCCUCGAGUAUACCAGGGUGGAUGCGCAAGUCUAUAAGCUUAAUUAGGGUUGUGGCUCGUGGAUGGACAUCUCUACACAUGCAUGGCAUGGGAAAACCAGAGUCAUAACCUUCCUUGUUAUCUGCCUUACAGAAGUUGCAAAUAUAACUAGGCUACUAGGCUCGAGGAAAUUCUUAUCCUCCUAAGAUAGUUCUACUAAACUAUAAAUCCAGAAUUGAGGAAUCGAG